UUAAACAAACUUGUGUUAUAGGUAGUUGAAGUUGUGAUAAAAAAUGGAGAGGAAUAUGGGCGUAAAUGGUCCUCCGCGGAUCAUCGAAGUUAUUCCAAAGAACACGAAUGUUGUCCGGUUAAGUCAGGAAGAUGAUGACGAGGAAACGUACGAUAAUGUCUUUUAUUCGGCGGAAGUUGAAGGACCACACGAAACGCAGGUAGAACCUGCGAUCGAUAACUUUUCCGAUGAGGACGAUUUCCCAGAUCAAUUCCAUGCAGCCAUUGAUCCGAAUUCGUUAAGAGAUCAAUACAUGUACAACGAAUUUGAAUCCAAUCUGGUCGGACGUAUGCAAGAUGCUAGUUCGAUUCUGAAAAUGGCGACGUUGAGGCCUAAAUCCCCGAAACCUGGAAAUCAAGGAAAAACCGAUAAAGAGGAGUCGAUAUGGGAUAAAAUCGGGACUCUGGGACGCAAGAAAAGGAUCAAGGAAGUUCAAGAAGUUCAAGCUGAAGGCAGACAUGCAAUCGAUUCACCAGGAAAUCCUACAGCACCAAUUAUUCCACCAGAGGAAUAUGAACUGGAUGAUAAUGAGGAAAGGUGCAUGCUUGAACCAAGAGCUUAUGAUGAUCAGAAAUUCAUUCACUUGAUUAAAGUGUUGAUUGAUUGGAUCAAUGAUGAACUUGCAUCCCAGAGGAUCAUUGUGCAAGAUCUGGCUGAAGAUUUAUAUGAUGGGCAGGUUCUGCAGAAACUGUUGGAGAAGCUGACUGGAGAUAAGUUGGAUGUCAGGGAAGUCACUCAAUCAGAGGAAGGACAAAGGCAGAAACUGAAUGCAGUCCUGAGCCAUUUCAAUUAUGUGCUGGGGAUGCACAGAACUGGGUCAAAGAAAUGGAAUGUUGAGGCUAUUCAUUCAAAGAACAUUGUUUCAAUCAUGCACCUUUUGGUUGCACUGGCUAGACACUUUAGACCUCCGGUACGUCUGACUGAGCAGGUCAGUGUACCAGUUGUGAUUGUACAGAAAGUGAAUGGAGUUCUUGUGCACAGAACUGUUAAUGAAAUUAUAACCACAGCUUAUGAUGAUGUUGGCAUGAGGUGUGAAAGGGAUGCUUUUGAUACAUUGUUUGACCAAGCACCAGAAGAUAUUAUAAAAGUCAAGAAGAGUCUGGUGACUUUUGUCAACAAGCAUUUGGUUAAAAUCAACCUAGAAGUCACCGAAUUGGAGACGCAAUUCCAUGAUGGAGUAUAUUUAACAUUACUCAUGGGUUUACUGGAAGGAUUCUUUGUGCCAUUGCAUAGUUUCUAUUUGACUCCUGGAGAUUUUGAUCAGAAGGUACACAAUGUCUCAUUCGCGUUUGAGCUGAUGGAGGAAAUGGGUUUCACGAAAUUGAAAGCCAGACCUGAAGACAUAGUCAACCAAGAUUUAAAGUCGACACUCAGGAUUUUGUACAAUCUCUUCUGCAAGUACAAAUGAGUAAAAGAUUUUGCAAUGAGAAAAGGACCAUUGAUGCCUUAGAAACUGCCUUAUUAAUUUUUAACAAAUAAUUAAUGUAUACACGUAUUAAAUGAUUUUAAUAAGGCGCGGCGCCUAACGUUAGUUGUUUACUAAUUUCUAUUCUAUUAAAUUAUUAACAAAUUUAUUUAUUUCCAUGUUUUGAAGUCAGUUUACUGUA